AUGACUCCGACAACGACAAUCCGAUGGCUCGCAAACGCCGUCAAUGUCCUCCCGGGUCGGCCCAAUGCCACGACGGGCGGACAUCCCAAUGAUAUCUUCGGCUGGCGAAAUACCUUCAAGCUCAAGUGGGCUCGCAAGUGCCCAUACAAUCUCCCGAGGCAGCCCAAUGUCAUCGUGUCCGGGCUCCUCAAUGAUCUCCUCAAUCCUUUGGCAAGUUAUCUUCUCAAGCUCUCGAUGCUGACAAGAGCAUCAAUGUCGUCUCGAGACAGCCCAAUGCCACAGAGACCGGGUAGCUCAAUGACCUUCACGGCGCGUCCUGAGUGCGCCAAUGUUUCGCGGGCUCGCCCAAUCAUAUGGUGGCCGGGCAGCCCAAUGAUGCCGUCAACGGUCAGCCUCUAUCCUCAUCCACUCCCCAACGCCACGCAAGAGCGUCAAUGUCCACGGAGGAUAGCGAAUGCUCUCGCGAGCUCGCCCAAGAACACGAAAGACACGAAGCUCGGGCAGCUCAAUGACUUUGUCGACAUCGCCCCGCGAGCAGCAUAA